AUGGCCUCUUUAGUAUCUAAGUGGUUUCCCAUUUUAACAGGAUAAGUUAAAAACGAGUCCCCUGUGAAAGAUGCACCGCUUCGCUCAUGUAUCAGUGUGAACAUCACAGGAAGUGUGAGAUGCAGACCUAGAAUCUCUGUACACUAUGCCACCCAAGAAGAAAGGGAAAGGAAACAGCAAAAAGGAAAAGUCCAAAAAGAGCACGCCAGAAAAAGAUGAUGGACUUUCAGAGAAGUACCAGAGAAGUGCCUUAGACGUAGCUGUUUUAAAAGAACAUUUGGCACUGAGGAGCAGUGUAGCGCGUCAGGCUACAGUGGUGAGAGAUGACUUGAAAUGUCAAAUCAGAGAUCUGGAGCAGGUGCUCAGUCAGGAACGAUCAGACAUGAAGGACAUCACUGCAGAUCUCAACCGUCAAUAUAGGUCUAUGGAAACAGACCUGCAGACUAAAGUGAACAGGCUUGAAGUGAGUGUGGACUUGCUUCAGACUCAGUUCGCCGAGUGUCAGGUUAAAUUAAAAUCGGAAAGAGAGCGGCGAGAGAAGACGGAAGCAGAAAAAGACGCCAUCAUUUCUGACCUCCAGAGCAAACUGGACCGCAUGGAGAGUGAGUGUGAGAAGAUACUGCACGGCUGUCUGGACAGUUUGCUCUCUCACCUGGCUGAGACGCGGCUGCAGUGGGAAGAACAGAGCACAGUCCUUCAUCAGGAAGUCAAGGACAUGCUCAGUGACUUUGGGAUAAACCCGCUUCACAUAUGAGGACAUCUUUAGUUGAGAACUGUGAACAGAACAAGACCAAGACCUCUGACAUCUAAGAAAUGACAUGUAUAAUGCAUAAGCCAUGGCUUUUCAUACUGGGCUCCAGGGAUUGAGAUGUGU